AUGACCGGUAACACACCCCGAACAAGUGUCCACCCUGGACAACAAAAUGAUCUUAAUUCGCCCUCGGAUGGAUCGGCCCAUGCAGCAAUAGCAAUGAACAGUAACACUAAUGCUACCUCUGUCGCUGCCGCCAAGAGGAGGUCACGCAGACGAGCCGCUUCGUCGAGUCAGAAACGACGAUGCAUUAGCACAGCAUGCGUUGCUUGCCGCAAACGCAAAUCGAAGUGUGACGGUGCCUUGCCCAGCUGCGCCGCUUGCGCCAGCGUGUAUGGCACCGAAUGCAUUUAUGACCCGAACUCGGACCACCGCCGCAAGGGCGUCUAUCGCGAGAAGGUAGACACAAUGAAGGCACGCAGUGCCACUUUGCAGGUUCUUGUUGAAGCCAUUCUCAAUGCCUCGGAAGACGAUGUUGCCUCAGUCGUCGACAGAAUUCGCUCUUGCGAUGACCUGGAUUCUGUGGCCCAGUCAAUUGUCAACCAGGAUUCGGACAGCGGCGCCACCGGACCUGAUGACAUAGACGAGGAUAGUGUCGAUAAUCCGGCUGUCAAGGGUGAGGAGGAACUGGCCCGCAAUAUGGGUGAGCUUCGGUUUGAGAACGGGUCCGUACGUUUUAUUGGUGGCACUUCUCACCUACUUCACCUGGGAGGGUCUCAAAAUGAUGCUAUUGAAUCAGAUCUGGAACCUGAGCAACAACUCACGAGUGACGAUCCCAUAACGUCAUGGACGCGAGUCACCAGUGAUUCUAACCUCAUCGCGCACUUGAUGAGAAUGUAUUUCAAUUAUCACUACUCAUAUUUCACCACUCUAUCCAAGAAGCUCUUCAUUAGAGACUUCACAGCAGGUCAGGCAAAUGUGGCCUCCCGGAAUUGUACGGCAUACUGCUCGCCCCUCUUGGUCAACGCUAUGCUUGCGCUUGGUUGUCACUUCACUGAUGUUGCCGGGGCGUUUGUUAUACCAGGCGACGCUAGAACCAAGGGUGACCAUUUCUUUGCUGAAGCCAAGCGUCUGAUCUUGGAAGAUGACGAAUUUGCCAGACCUCGCCUCGUAACAGUUCAGGCAUUGGCACUCAUGUCUGUGAGAGAGGCUGGUUGUGGCAGAGAGGCCAAGGGAUGGGUCUACAGCGGAAUGAGCUUCCGUAUGGCUCAAGAUAUUGGCCUGAAUCUUGAAGUCACAGGCUCUGACAGAGAGCACGUGUCUCAAGAAGAAAUUGAUGCCAGAAAGAUCACAUAUUGGGGUUGCUUUGUUUUUGACAAGUGCUGGUCCAAUUAUAUGGGUAGGCUGCCUCAGCUUGUCAAGACCACAUGCAACGUCACAAAAUUCGACGUUGACAAUGACGAAGACUUGUCAAUAUGGUCCCCAUUAUCAGACAAGGGCCUUGACAAAUCGUUUGAACAGCCGUCAAGAACACGGUCAGCGGCGUUGCAACUCACCUCCCUUUGCGAGAUUAGCAGCGACCUCAUGGUCUUCUUUUACCACCCCAAUCACAUCAGGCGAUCUCGUGGUAAGUCCGCUGAGCUCAAGAAGCUGAGCGAAAUCCAUCAACGUCUAGAGCAUUGGCGCAAGGUGCUACCCAAGGAGUUUGAGCCAGCUGAUGGCCAGCUUCCCAAUGUCAUCCUCAUGCACAUGUUCUUCCACCUGCAGUAUAUUCACUUGUUCCGCCCAUUCCUCAAGUACACCCCGUCAGCAUCGCCCCUCCCGGCUCAUGUUUCUCCACGAAGGAUAUGCACGGCGAAUGCCGGAGCCAUUUCCAAGCUGAUGAGGCUGUACAAGAAGAUGUACGGCCUGCGGCAGAUUUGCAAUAUUGCGGUAUACAUGGUUCAUAGUGCCUGCAUCAUCCACUUGCUGAAUCUCCCAGAGAAGACUGCCAGGCGAGAUAUCAUACACGGCGUCAAGCACCUGGAAGAGAUAGCUGAUGACUGGCUCUGUGCACGUCGCACUUUGAGUAUUUUAAGCGUUCUUGCGAGGAAAUGGGGUUGCGAAUUACCAGAGGACGCUGCGUUUGUCCUUAAGAGGGCCGAUGAGAAGUAUGGAUACUACAGCACAUCGGACGUGCCUUCUCCAGCAUCGACCCACGCCACGUUGGGCGUGACAUCGGAUGAUGCAAUGUCAAAGUCAUCAGGAGAGCAAAGCCCGUUGGGACAGUUCAGUCAGGCACAAAUAACUCCCGGUGUCGGCUCCGGGUAUGUGGGUGACGGCAUGUCCAUGUUGCAGCCACCUCAAGUGGUGGAAGGAGUAUCAGAUCGACUGUCUCAUCGAGAACAAACUGCGCAACCAGAGGGGAUGUCUCUUGGUUUUAGUGGCAAUGUGAUGGAGCGGUGGCUCGGAGAUGGAAACCCUACUACGGAAUCACCAUCGGUUUUCGGGUCACCAUUCUUUCCAAUUGAUCAUCAGGUACCAGAACCCCAGAACAGUCACCCUGUAAUGCCUCGACGCAUGGCUGGAUCAGCUGGCAACGAACCCCCUAAUGGUCAGGACUGGAUGCUCAAUGAUGGAGCCAGAUGGCAGCAGAGCUUUGAAAGUUGGGGGGUAGAUGGUGGCGUUCCAUCAAACGGGAUGUUCAUAUUCAACCAGGACCGAAACAACAGAUUCAAUCAACCUGCUGCAGGAUAUCACGACGAUCAGGGACAGCUAACAUUCGAAAAUCUCAACGCAUCAUUAAAUGGAAGUAGCUGGCUUCCCGGUCUGGACUGA